UUUCAGACAAAACAAAAAUAUAUUCAAAUGCUAAAUUGAGAAGAAAUUGUUGUUGAGAAGAAAUUGUUUCUCUGAUUGAUGAAUAUGGCGGCUAUGCAACUGUCGAGCACAGCUUCUUGCGGUCUCUUUAGAGCUUUCCCUAAGAGCCGAGCUCCUCCCAGAACUCCUGCGGUGGUGAUUGGUCGGAAAAAUUCUCGUGUCAUUUUUGCUUCAUCGGUCAAUAACCAUUCUAAGGGAAGAAACUAUCCAGUAGAGAAAGCAAGAGACUCAAGGGCUGAUUUGGCUAAUGAUUCACGGAAAUGGAGAGAUAAAUCUGGCGAAGACUUAGAGGCUUGCAAAGAGCAAGCUAAGGACAAAGCUUAUGAUAUGAAAGAGAAGACUAAGGACAAAGCUUAUGAUGUGAAAGAGAAGACGAAAGGUUAUGCGGAAGAGAGUAAGGAUAAAGUGAAUGAAGGAGCGAGUAGAGCAGCUGAUAAAGCUUACGAGACGAAAGAGAAGGCCAAGGACAAAGCUUAUGAUGUGAAAGAGAAGACGAAAGAUUCUGCUGAAGAGACCAAGGAUAGAGUGAACGAAGGAGCGAGCAGAGCAGCUGAUAAAGCCUACGAGACGAAAGAGAAGGUUAAGGACAAAGCUUAUGAUGUGAAAGAGAAAACGAAAGAUAGAGCGGAAGAGACUAAAAAUAGAGCCAAGGAAUAUGCAGAGGAUUCAAAGGAGAAAGCAGUGGAUUUGGCUCAGGGGUUUAAGGAAAAGGCCCAAGAUGUUGGGGAAAAGACUAUGGAAACCGUGAAAGAUGCGUGGGAGACGGCUAAGAGCACAGCUCAGAAGGUCACAGAGGCAGUGGUUGGGUCCGGUGAGGAGGCGGAUAGGGCACGGCAUGAUGUUGACAAGGGCGUGGAAGAUUUGUCGAAAAAAGCUAAGGAAAAUUGGAAAGACGAUGAUAAUGAUCUAAAGGGGUUCUAAGAUCAUCAAUAUAUAUGAUGAUCUAAAAGUGUUCCUCUUUGUGUUUAAAGUUUUCUGUUUCAGAACUUUGACAGUAUGUUUUUAGAGUCUUUUACAGCGCUGUUCUAGGUUUGAGAUUGAUCUGUAAAGAAAAUCAUGUGAUCGUCAAAG